AAAUUUUAAAGUGAUCUUAAGAAAAAUUUGCAGAAAAGUGAGAGAUUUGUGUAAGCCCUUUAGAAUAAAUCUGGCUAAAUAUCUAUACAUAUAUAUACAUAUAUACAAAUACGAUUCUGAAAUAUUAUAAAAGCAGAUAUUAAAAGCGCGAUAUAAAUGUUUAGUGUCCUCUAGUGCGUACAAGUUAGCGCACAUACUAAAAAUAAGUAAAAGCUAGAAACCAAAUUUUGAAAAAGCGUGACAGUUAAUUGAUCUAAAGAAUUACAACAUAAAAAAUAGAAUAUCACCUAAUACCCGAAAAAAUGGCACAAUUCGUAACGCACAUACAACCAACGCUGCUGGAGGCAUCACAAGGCCAUGUACCGCAUCACCAUGGCCAUCAAGUUGGUAUGCAGCAUUCAUCACAUUUACCACAUAGCGGACAUAAUAUGCCGUCACCGCCAACAUCCCACAAUCACCAUCCGCAUCCGCAUUCGCACCAUCAGCAGCAGCAUCAUCAGGAACAACACCAUCAUAAUCAUCAUCAUAGUCCACCAUCGCAACUGUCGUCGCCACCGAGUGGAGCACCAAUGCACCAUCAUCAUCACAUGGGUAAACAUGGAGGAGCCAAGCAUGAACAUUUUGUACAUCAUGGCACAGGCGAUGGCAACACAUCAUUUCUGCGCGCAGCCAGAGCUGGCAAUUUGGAACGAGUUUUGGAACAUUUAAAAAAUAAUAUUGACAUUAACACCAGCAACGCUAAUGGCUUGAAUGCACUGCAUUUGGCUUCCAAGGAUGGACAUACGCAUGUCGUGUCCGAGUUAUUGAAACGCGGUGCUAUUGUGGACAGCGCUACGAAGAAGGGUAACACCGCCUUGCAUAUUGCCUCACUCGCCGGCCAGGAGGCGGUAGUGCAACUUUUGCUCGAGCACAACGCCUCCGUGAAUGUACAGUCGCAGAAUGGUUUUACACCUCUUUAUAUGGCGGCGCAGGAGAAUCAUGACUCCGUCGUUAAGCUGCUUCUAGCCAAUGGCGCUAAUCAAAGUCUAGCUACGGAAGAUGGUUUUACACCACUGGCAGUGGCUAUGCAGCAAGGACAUGAUAAAGUUGUCGCUGUACUCUUGGAGAGUGACACGCGCGGUAAAGUGCGCUUACCUGCAUUGCAUAUUGCGGCCAAGAAAGACGAUGUCAAGGCCGCCACACUACUUUUGGAUAAUGACCACAAUCCCGAUGUGACUUCCAAAUCUGGCUUUACACCACUUCACAUUGCUUCCCACUAUGGCAACCAAGCCAUUGCUAAUUUACUCAUACAAAAAGGUGCUGAUGUUAAUUUCUGCGCCAAGCACAAUAUUAGUCCCUUGCAUGUUGCCGCCAAAUGGGGCAAGACCAAUAUGGUAUCGUUGCUGCUCGAGAAGGGUGCUAAUAUUGAGGCGAAAACACGUGAUGGUCUUACACCAUUACAUUGUGCGGCUCGUUCCGGCCACGAGCAAGUUGUCGAUAUGCUUUUGGAGCGCGGCGCACCGAUUAGUGCUAAAACGAAGAAUGGUCUCGCACCGCUGCAUAUGGCCGCACAGGGUGAGCAUGUAGAUGCCGCACGCAUUUUGCUCUAUCAUCGUGCUCCCGUUGACGAGGUGACCGUAGACUAUUUGACAGCACUACAUGUGGCCGCCCAUUGUGGACAUGCGCGUGUCGCAAAGUUAUUACUCGAUCGCAAUGCCGACGCGAAUGCACGUGCUCUGAACGGUUUCACGCCGUUGCACAUCGCGUGCAAGAAGAAUCGCAUUAAGGUGGUGGAGUUGUUGUUGCGUAACGACGCCAGUAUUAGUGCCACCACAGAGAGCGGCUUGACACCGCUGCAUGUAGCCGCCUUUAUGGGCUGUAUGAAUAUCGUUAUCUAUUUGUUGCAACAUGAAGCUAGUCCAGAUGUUCCGACCGUGCGCGGGGAGACGCCUCUGCAUUUGGCUGCAAGGGCAAAUCAGACUGAUAUAAUACGCAUUUUGUUACGCAAUGGGGCUCAAGUAGAUGCACGCGCUCGUGAACAGCAGACCCCGCUGCAUAUAGCCUCACGGCUCGGUAAUGUGGAUAUUGUAAUGUUGUUGUUGCAGCAUGGCGCUCAAGUUGAUGCCACGACCAAGGACAUGUACACCGCGUUACAUAUUGCUGCCAAGGAGGGUCAGGAUGAGGUCGCUGCUGUUUUGAUCGAGAACGGUGCAGCCUUAGACGCUGCCACAAAGAAAGGAUUCACACCACUACAUUUGACCGCCAAAUAUGGUCACAUCAAAGUUGCUCAAUUGCUGUUGCAAAAGGAGGCGGAUGUGGAUACACAGGGAAAGAACGGUGUGACACCAUUACAUGUCGCCUGUCAUUAUGAUAACCAAAAGGUCGCUUUAUUAUUGCUGGAGAAAGGCGCCAGUCCACAUGCAACAGCCAAAAAUGGACAUACACCAUUACAUAUUGCUGCACGUAAAAAUCAAAUGGAUAUUGCUACAACACUUCUAGAAUAUGGCGCUCAGGCUAAUGCCGAGAGCAAAGCCGGUUUUACGCCAUUGCAUUUGAGUUGUCAGGAGGGACACUCUGAGAUCUCCAAUUUGCUUAUCGAACACAAGGCUGGCGUGAAUCACCCCGCCAAGAAUGGCUUAACUCCAAUGCAUUUAUGCGCACAGGAGGAUAAUGUGAAUGUGGCUGAAAUCUUGCAGCGCAAUGGCGCUAACACAGACAUGGCCACCAAAGCUGGCUAUACACCACUACACGUGGCUGCCCAUUUCGGUCAAGCCAAUAUGGUGCGAUUUUUGCUACAACAUGGCGCCAAUGUGGACGCUGCAACAUCCAUUGGUUAUACGCCACUACAUCAGACCGCACAGCAGGGACAUUGUCAUGUUGUCAAUCUAUUGUUGGAACAUAAGGCGAAUGCCAAUGCCCAGACGGCGAAUGGACAGACACCAUUGCAUAUUGCACGCAAAUUGGGUUAUAUAAGCGUUUUGGAUUCAUUAAAAUCGAUUACAAAUGAGCCGGAGGAUGCAACACAAACUCAAGCUGAUGAAAAAUAUCGUGUUGUUGCACCAGAGGCGAUGCAUGAGUCGUUUAUGUCGGAUUCGGAGGAGGAAGGCGGUGACACAAACGAUUGGGAUCCAUGUUAUGGCAUUAAGGGUGAUCGAAAUACGAAUGAAGACCACGUUUAUCUUCCAUAUUACCAGGGCGAAACAUACUUUAUGUCUAGCGAAGAUAAUAUGUUAUCCGAUCAGCCAUACCGUUAUUUGACAGUUGAUGAAAUGAAAUCCUUAGGCGAUGAUUCCUUGCCGAUCGAUGUAACACGCGACGAACGUAUCGACUCGAAUCGCAUGAUGACACACAGUGCUGAAUAUGCCGGCGGUGUUGGGGGCCAACCGCAACAGCAAGCCAUUGCCGAGGAGCUAAUAAGUCCACAUAAGGCUCAAGUUCAUGGUGCUGGUAAAUCGAUUGUUGAUGGCAUUUACAUGGGUAAUGGUUAUCAUGAUGAACAAAAGUAUGUGGGCCGAAAGCUCUCUUGGAAAAGUUUUCUUGUUUCCUUCCUUGUGGACGCCCGUGGCGGUGCAAUGCGUGGUUGCCGACACAGUGGCGUGCGCAUGAUUAUACCCUCACGAUCUACUUGUCAACCGACUCGCGUCACUUGCCGCUAUGUUAAGCCCCAACGCACUAUGCAUCCACCACAACUAAUGGAAGGUGAAGCUUUGGCAAGUCGAGUGCUGGAAUUAGGACCGGUAUCGACUAAAUUUAUUGGACCCAUUAUUAUGGAGGUGCCACAUUUCGCUUCAUUGCGCGGCAAAGAGCGCGAAAUUAUCAUAUUGCGCAGCGAUAAUGGUGAGACCUGGCGCGAGCAUACAAUUGAUAAUUCUGAGGAGAUUAUGCAUGAUGUAUUGCAACAGUGUUUCGAACCAGAAGAAAUUGCACAACUUGAAGAACAAGGCGGUAAUCAUGUUUGCCGUUUUGUCACCUACGAUUUUCCACAAUACUUUGCUGUCGUUUCACGUAUACGUCAAGAGGUGCAUGCUAUCGGACCCGAAGGUGGCAUGGUAUCCAGCACUGUGGUGCCACAAGUACAGGCCGUUUUCCCACAGGGUGCACUCACCAAAAAGAUCAAAGUGGGCUUGCAGGCACAACCAGUCGAUCCAGAUCUAACUGCUAAACUACUUGGUCGUGGCGUCGCAGUCUCGCCAAUUGUAACGGUCGAGCCACGGCGUCGUAAAUUCCAUAAGGCCAUCACAUUGAGUAUGCCCGCACCCAAGGCACAUAGCCAGGGCAUGAUAAAUCAAUAUUCCGGCAAUACACCCACACUACGCUUGCUCUGCUCCAUAACAGGUGUAUUUCGGAAAAGAUCUCUAAAAGGUGGUCCAUCUCGUGCACAAUGGGAAGAUGUAACUGGAUCCACACCGUUGACCUUUGUAAAUGAUUGUGUGUCAUUUACGACAACCGUCUCUGCAAGAUUUUGGUUGAUGGACUGCAGAAACAUAUCGGAGGCUACCAAAAUGGCAACCGAGUUAUACAAAGAGGUAAUCCACGUACCAUUCAUGGCUAAAUUCGUAGUUUUCGCCAAGAAAGUGGAGCCAUAUGAAGCCCGAUUACGUGUUUUCUGCAUGACCGAUGAUCGUGAGGAUAAAACUCUCGAGAAGCAAGAGCUUUUCACUGAAGUUGCCAAAAGUCGAGACGUUGAGGUACUCGAAGGCAAGCCACAGUUUAUCGAAAUGGCUGGAAAUUUAGUGCCAGUAACAAAAUCUGGUGAUCAAUUGCAAUUGCCCUUCAAAGCAUUCCGAGAAAAUCGUCUGCCAUUCACUGUACGUGUUAAGGAUCAGCAUGCUGAUAUUGUGGGUCGUACGCUGUUUAUGAAAGAACCCAAAGUUGCUAAGGGUGAGCCACCGCAACAUCCUAUCUGUAUUUUGAAUAUUGUAUUACCGGAAAUCGUUAUACCGGAUACAACUACCGAGUUCAGCGAUAAGAUCACCACCGCCUACCGCAGUUCGCUCUACAGUUUGAGUAAACAUCAGAAUGAUCAUUAUAUUGGCGAUAUACGCAUUGUUGACUUAUCCAAUUUACUGGGAAAGGAUUGGAUACAGUUGGCCUCUGAAAUCGGUAUAAGUACGGAAGAGAUAGAUGAGAUAAUCAAUCAAAAUACUGAUAGUAUUGCGCGGCAGGCCCAGAGCAUGAUCCGUCUGUACAAGGAUAAACCUAAUUAUGAUAUACACGCCUUGGAGGCAGCGCUUAAGAAUAUCGGACGUGAUGAUAUCAUGAAGAAAUGUAAAAGUGGACGACUUUCACAUUCGCGUGAUUUCGAUGAAACAGAUAUCAUGAAGAAUUCGGAAUCUGUCGAGGAGCUCGUGCGGCAAGAGAGCAAACGUAUUCAACAAAUUCACGAUCAUGAGGAAGUUAAAUACUCUGCCGAGGAGAAGGAUGUGGAAGAAUCUGAAUCCGAUGAAGAAAUCACAAAACGCACUGUGGCCGAACGACGUGAGAAGAUCGUAAAACGACUCUCCAUCGAACGACAAAUUCCCGCUUCGACUCAAAAAAAGGAGAUUUCACGUGAAAUCUCCGAAAUAAAGCGUAAGAGCCUUAUAGAGGACAAAAAGGCCAUACAUGAAUCGGAAAUAAUGAUGCAAUUGCCAACAGAUAACAUAGUUAAGUCAACUGUAGCGCCAGAUCAGGUAAUGAAAAUGAAAAUGGGCAAAAUGGAUUCUGCGGAGAUAAGUAAAAGUGAUUUUGAUAAGGAACUGACGCACAAGUUAAAGACUUCCGGACGUAGUUCGGAAGAGGAAGACUCCACACCAGAUUCUAAGGAUGAUGAAAAUACGAAAAUAGUUAAAGACAUUAGCGCUGUCGAAAAGUCAAAGAAAACGCAGUACUCCCCCAUAACAACGGAACAAGAUGCAACAAAACAACUAACGGAAGACUUUUUAAAUGCUGAGAAACAAACUCAACUUCCGGUUGAUGUAACCAUUAGUGAGAAGUUCGUUGAGGAAGUUAAGGAGAAGGAAAUGAAAAUUUCGGAAGCGGUUGAGAAAUCGAGCCAGAAAGUAGAAAAGAUUAUAUCUGUAUUUGAGAGUGGCAAGCAGGAAGAGGACGUACAAACAGACAAAGACAGCACAAGUAGUAAGACGUCUGUUACAACCGAAACCAUACAAACUAUCUCUGAUGAAAAAGCUAAAGGUAGUUCUAUUGAGGAAAAAAUUGCCGACUUUGAAGCGAGAGGAGUUACUUAUGAUAUGAAAUCAGUGAUACCAAAAGAGUUAAAGAAACAUGAAGACUCACAAGUAGAGGAGCUCGAAAAGGAACAUUAUGAACCCAUUAAGCCUUUUGAUGAAACGUUAACCGAAGAUUUUUUGAUAACGGAACAGAACACUGAAUUGUCUCUCGUAACAAAAUCUACUAAAGUAGCUACUGACAUCGAUCAAGUAAUAAAAGAUACAACUAAUAUAACUACAACGACAGCUCCAGUGGCUGAGAAAAGGACAUCUCUUGUUGAGAAAACGCCCGAGCCAAAGGCACGCUCAACCAUUUUCAUCGGUGAAGAGGAGAGUGCUGAUGCUAAAACUAAAAGCACAGAAAUCAUAAAAGAAAUCGGGGAACAGAUUGAAAAAGAGGGCGCAACUACAUCUACUGAGACGCGAAAAAUAACAGAAGAUUUCUUGACUAUGGAACAACAGUCACAAGAGGAAAGAAGGAAGACUGUGAGUGAGCUGGCAACUUGCACAGCAGAUUUAAUGGAAACAACUGCUGAGAUCUUUGAGACCACAACAGAUUUGGAACAAGCAACGAAGGGCGUUGAGGAUAGCAAAACGCACCUGAAGGCAGCCUCCAAAGAAUGGAUUGAGACCAGGCAAACUGACAUUUCAAUGCUCACAUCAGAUCUCACAGUAACAGCAAAGAAAUUAGAAGAUGAAAUAUCAACUGAGCUGUCGGCUAAGGUUAUCGAAACUAAAGAAAUCGCCCGGGAAACCAAGGCUGAAACUGUUGAGAAAGCGGAGAGCAAAAUUGGUGAUACUAUGAAAGAGCUGCUUGAGUCCAAGGAGUUGGUGAGCAAAAUUUCAAGUCCUAAAGAGAAAUCUGACGGCAUGGAGUUUGUUACUACUGAAAGUGAGCAGAAAGUUUUCUCCAUCCAACCAACACUGCCACUGCAAAGUGUGGAAAUCAAUAAAUUAACACAAGAUUUCUUGGCUAUGGAGCAGCAAACCCAAUUGCCAUAUACAAUGGAACCAAAAGCAAAAGAAGUUGAACCAUAUGAACUGUUGAAAUCAGCCACGCAUACAAUUGUGCCAUCUGUUCAGAGCUCUAAAGUAGUUCCCGACGUGUCAGCUGACUUCAUUGAUAGGCAGCAGGAAAAAUUACUCGGAGAUUUCGAAGAACACGCUACAGAUGUUGUGUCUAAAGAAGUAGAGCCACAUGUGGUCGUACAAACUACCGAAGCUAAAAACGUUAUGAGCGAUUUAAUUAAAACAACGAGCGUUAUUAUGGCGACCGUGCCAAAAGUGGGUACAGAGGAAGCUGUUAAGUCACUAGAACAGAGUCUAGCUGACAUUCAAACCAAAGAUAAGGAUACCAGUAGCACCACAACAACUACACAGCAAACCAAACAUGAAACCCCAUCAGACACAACUCAAAUAGAUUUCGAACCGGAAAUAAUUAUUGACGAGAAAACAACAACACUAAAAAUUAGUUCAGCUGCUACGGACACAGUCAAAGAAGAGAGCAUCAAACUUGUAGAAUCCAUUAAAAAGCUUGAAGAAACCAUAAAAGUGGUGGAUAAGUCACAAGCGGAUGGCAUUGAGUUGGCCGCACCAAUUAGUGAUACAGACAAAGUGUCUGCAACAGGCAUCCGCAAGCUAACUGAAGAUUUCCUAACCAUAGAGCAGACUACACAGUUCUCAACCAGCACAAAACCGAUUAAAGAAACAAUAGUAACAGACACUUUUGGAAAAACCGCGACAUUACCUAUUCAUGAGAAACCAGAGGAGCAAACAGAAAGUGUCAGCACUAUCGGUUUGAGCGAGGAAAUUAAUAAGAUAGUUAGUGAAGCAGCAACGAAAAUCGAUGCAAUUAAAAUGACCGAUAGUUUCUUGGCCGCAGAACAGCAGCAGCGAACACAAUUUCCAAUUGUCACCAAAUCGCCAACAACAAACAUACAAACUGUUACGGAAACUGUGCAAAAAUUCGGCGAUGACUUGGCUGCGCCAGCACCAAUUGAACCGCGGAAAUCGAUAACACUCACCGACGCUGAAUUCUGUAAGUCAGUCGAGGAAACGAUCACCAAGAAGAUGAGUGCGGGACAAAUUGAAAUAAGUGAUGAGCUCAAAACGAUUGCGAGCGACAUACCACAUUCUCAGACCCCACCGCCAACACCGAUUGAAACCAAAACUGACAGACAGCGCGCUGAGGAAUCACCGCCACGAGAAACCGCCGUUGGAAAUGAUAAUUUAAUUGAUACUGUGAUCACUUUACAUAAGACCACAGAAUCGACAUUCGAACGUGUUUCGGGAAUUUCAAAAAUCGAAACCAUAGAAGAAAAAUUCGUUUUAGAUGAAGAUUCAUUCCGAAAUAUUGGCGAUCACGCGAGAGAAAAGCAAAUUAUUUUUGAUGAUAGAGAUAAAGAUGAGAAAACUAAAUUGAUCGAUUUUGAUGAAGAUAUCGAUAAUAACAAAGACAAUGACUUUUAUAUAGAUAGUGAUGCUGAUGAAGAUGAUGAUUAUAAAGACACUGACGAUGAUGAUGAUGAAGAUAGAAGCCGGAAAGCUGGUCGUGUUGAACUCUUCGAUAUGGGUGCCACCAUACGCAAAGAGGCUACAGUGUUGAUCGAUAAUGUUUUGGAAGAAAGCGUUAAUAUUAUUACCAAUCAACAACAACGCCAAAAACAGCAGGAACAACAAACAGAAACUAAUGGUUAUGAUUCACUGAAACAUGAAUAUAAUUCAGAAAGUGAAAAUUAUGCAAUCACUUGCGACGAUAUCGGUGGCUUAGAUGUUGUCAAAUCACCGACAAUUGAAUCGAUGUCGGGUAAAUCAUUUGAUGAUAAUAUGAGUUUCACUGAUGAACAGUGGCAUGCCACUGUGACGGCAACAACAAUUGGUGUUGCGGCCACAACGGCCACAACGAACACAACUACAGCCCUACAACAACAACAAUUGCAUGAUUUGAUGCAAUUCAAAGACGAUUACGGACCAAUGGGCAAAACUGAACUAAUUACAAUGACAACAACCACUACAGCACAAAUGGCCACAACAUCUAGAGCAGCAACAACACUUGGUGAUGCUGGUGGUAGUAGUGAUAAUGGCGCGGUUGGUAGUGUAGUUGAUAGUGAUGUCGUUGCUGAUGCAAUGACGAAGACAAAAGGUACUAGUGAUUCCAAAAGAGUUAAAGAAGAUCCCACUGCGACAAAUUCUCGACGAAUUGAACACAAAUUCGAAAAGCUCACAACACAUUUCGGUGUCGGUGAUAUCGACGAACAGGCGUCGGCGUUCGAUGCGAAUUUCGAUACAAUGGUGCAUGACGAUGAGAUAAGUAAUUUGCAAAGUGACUUUUCGAAAAUGAGUUGGGACGAUAGCGUCUCGCCGACUACAAAUACAUUGGGCGAUAUCGGUCUGAAUACACCCGAUAAUGAUAUACAAGAUAUAGCAGCAGAGACAGGCUUUGAAUUCGCUAAAUCAUCUGAAACCACCCCAGUACCAACUAGUGUUUCGACGACGUCUACUGUCCCAACUGGAUCCGAUGCACCCACACCCAAGCCACGCGUUGCGAAGUCAUCCUCGCCAGUUAGAGAUAUUAUUGGCGAAUAUACGACACAACCCGUUAAAAGCGAUGAAGUACCCAGCACUACCGACUCACUUGAAAUCUUGCCCGAUCUUUCGAUAUCUACUCCUGUACCAAGACCACGCUUACAAAUUAAACCGACCGAUUCCUUUAAGAAUUUAGCUGCGUUGGCAGCUGCCGAGCACUCGGAUAGCGUUAGUUUGCGUAGUUUGGACAUGACUGAAGAUUUUUCAAAAACGGAUGAUAUAUCUACUGAAAUUUCUAUUAAAUCUUCACAUGCACGUGAUUAUCCUACAACUACAACUAUAACAACCGCUUCUGAAGAUCGCACCGAAUCACUAGAGCCAACUAGUGAAAUAUCAGUUGACGAUGCUGAUGCCGACGUGGACACCGAAAAGUCGGAAGUCUCAGAUGGUAGAUCAAAGACAAGCUUUUACAUUGGCGAAUCUAGUCGUAACGUCAUUAAAACUACACCCACACGACCAGAAGGCGAAUUGGAGGCGCCAGAAGCACUAGAAAUGGCAGAAACUGAAAGUAUAAAUGGUGCCACAAUUGAAGCAGAGGAUGUGGCUUUGAUGAAAGAGAUUUCUGUUGACUCCGACGAAAGUACCGAUGCAUUUAAAGAAUAUGUGACCAUGAAGCGCGAAACAGAUGAAACCGGAAGCAAAAUUGUACGACAGAGCUCUGAGACGAGAAAUGAUCUGUUGGAACAAGAUCCAGCCAAAGAAAAGCAGGCAGAAGCAGACAAGGUGUCUACUACUUUUGAAGUUUCUGCUGAGAUUUCUCAAGCUGCCAAAGCAGCAUCUGAAAGCGAUUCAAAACACAAACCCGAUUUGCCAUUGGAGAAAAGUGAAUGGGAGACAACAGAAAAAGAGAUUCCAACAGGCAAGCCUAAGGUGGUACACUCACCUCAACAACUGAGUGAGUUGCCAAAAGCUUUGAUUGAUGAAGAAAUGGUCGCCAGAACAUUGGAAGAAGCACAAGAAUCCUUGAACGCGGCAAAAAAUGAACUUAAAUUCAUUGUGAAGGAUGGAAAAUCAAUUAAGGAGUCACCAUCUGAAUUCGAGUUUCGUUCGAUUUCACAUACACUCCUCAGCGCUGAGAAAAAAGAGAAAGUUUUGAUCGAAGAAGACAUCGUGCCAAAGGUAAAGCAAGCAACCGUCUUUUCAGAAGAAGAGGAUAUUUCUUCAUUCAUUGGUAUACCGGAUACUGUAAAGGAGUCAACCAAUUUGAUUACGGUAGAACCUGCAGAACGAAGUGAAGGACUCUUUGAGGCAACUACAAAGGACACUUUGAAUAAAGAAGCUGUAGUUACGCACUAUGCCCAAGAUAUUUUCGAAGGUGUGAAGCAGGACAUCAGAGACGAGCACAGUUCUUUGGGCUUUGUAUCAACUGGCACUGCUGACGACUACAGCUCAAUGGAGGAAUACGCUGCCAAGGAAGAACAUGCUUCUCUCGGCUUUGUAUCAACAGAAACUGUUGAAGACUUUAGUUCGAUGGAAGAUUACUAUCAGGAAAAAAUUGCUAAAGCUACCAUUGUCACGGAACGUUCGGGACCGAUAAGUAGAUCGCCUGUUGAAGAUACUACGCAUGGCAGCGCAUCAGUAUUUUCGGAAAUUAGUUCAGAACAGACAAUGAAACCAUUUGAAGAAGUAACGCAUCGUAUCAAAUCUGAAACUGGGUCAGCUGAUGCCACGAAUAGAUGGUCAGUGCCGGAAAUCGAGCAAUCGAGCUCCAGUGAGAGUUACUACAGAAGUUUGGAUAAAAAUGACAGUCGUCCACUCUCAUCAGAUGUCGACAAUUUACUAACCCAAGCGAAUUCCUCGGAAUACCAAACUGCAUUGGACGUUUCGUCGGUGACACGCGAGGCCACGGAAUAUAUUAGUGCCGUGAGCACGCUGGAGUCCAGCAGCGGCAAAACCUUAAGUUCGCACGAAAGCAUGAAGAGCUUUGACUCACAGUCAGAUACUUCGGCUAAUUUAGGCAGCAUUGAUGUGUCGGAGCUAUCUGAAACUUUAAUUGCAUCCUCCACAGAAGCUGACGCUUUAGAGGCCGAAGAAUUGGCACAUAUUCGUGACUUACGUGAUGAUGACGAGGAUAGUGAUAACAAUCUCGAUAUUCAAGAUUACAAAAAGACCGAACAACAAAUUCAAAGAUCUUUAAUGAAACGCUCACAAGAAAUGAUAUUUAAACCGAAGGUUGAAGAAACUAAGCCAGAAGAGAAACAUUUUGAAACGGUUACUGUAGAGGAGUUCCCGAAGCCAAAAGAAAUAGAAAAGUCAUGGGGCUUGGCUUAUCCUGUUGAUGAAGGUAAAAUAGACGAUCCAAAAGACUUCGAAAGGCCUGAAGAUAUUUUACUUUAUCACGGCGAUAUGAGACGUUCAAUCGACGAUCCUAAAUUGGCAUCGAGCUUGGACGAAGGUAGUAUUCUUUCAGUUAGCAUGUCGAGCACAUCAAAUAUCGAGACUGUGGUAGAGAAUUUUGAAGAUAUGAUUGGUUCGGCUGGAUCUUCGUCGCUGACAGGCAUUGAAGGCUUUGCUUUUCCACAUGAUGAACAGCCAUCAUCAUUCCAAGAGCAUGAAGAAACAUUUGCGAUGGAAAUGGAGAGCAGAGAACAUUCACCUCAAGACUCUGCUGCAACAACGCCGCCGGGUGAAGCGCGUAAACGUGGCCAUAAGCGCAGUGAAAGCACUUCAAUUACGGGUGAUGUUUUAAAAUCGAUUACUGAUAAAGAGCUCCCAGCGGUAGGAGAAAAUAAAGAGUCGGAAAGCGAAUCAGAUACAGAUCCCUACGAAUCAGAAUAUACGAGACAAUUUCGUUCACCAAACGAGCGAAAAAACAACAAGAAGAAGAAGCAAGCAGCUGCUGAAAUGGACCACAGUUUUGAGCUCGAAAAACGGCCAUUUACUCCAUCACAGCUUGUCUCCGAGGUUAUAGUUGAGGAUAGCAUUACAGAAGAGAUGGAGGCCGAAGCCAUUGAAGAAGAACGUCGACCAUCACAGAAUAUGCAAGAUUAUUCGGUCAUACCAGAUAUAACAGUAACUGAGGAUUUUCAAAAAUCACCAAGUCUAGAGGAAAAUGCCGAAGGAUUUGAGGAGAAAUCAUUAUACAAAGUAAAAACACAGGAUGAACUACAUAAAGCCGCCGAUGAGCCGCUUCACCAGCCAAAGCACAUGGAUAAGAGUGAAGAAACCUUUCAAAAACUAGUUCAAGAACAAUAUAAGCAAAAACUUGCUGAUCUUCACCGGCCUCAAGUUGGAGACAGUGAUUACGACGACGACAAGGCACCCGACUCGCCAGACUCUUUUGAAAUGGUGGACCAGCCAGAUAUUUCUGAUGAUUUUGUAAUAAUCGAAGAAGUCGCCAAGGAAGCCGACGAAGCCGAUCUGGGUGGAAAGAGUAUUAAAAUUCAGCCCACGAAAUACGAAUCGAAGCAUGAUGAAGAUGUUGAGAAAAUUAUCAUUAAAUCAGCUCCAGCUGACCCCAAAUUGGGAUCACAAAUAUUCCGUGAUGACUUGAACUUUGAAUUCGAAGAGAGUCCACCAACUGCAGGCAGUAGUAGUGACCCGCAAGAGGAAAGCGACUCGGGUGACAUGGCUUCUUCGAACAAGCGCUGGGUUGAAAUGCAACUUACAGACACACAACUUCGCUAUCCAUAUGACAUUACCGGUGGCGUAUUGGAAGACAUCAAAGAGGAGGAUGGUGAAUUCGAAGUGGGCAGCAGUCGUAUAAGCAGUUUUAAGGACUCAUUCUCCAGUACUCCCGAGUACGACGUUAUGGCAGCACGACGCUACUAUGCACGUGGCGAACACGACGAUGUGUCCAUGAGCAGUUUGCAAGAGUUCGAGUCGUUAGAGCAGGCAAUUUCAUUGGAGAAUCGUAAUAAAACCCAUCAAGGUUCAACAGAUUCCAGCAACGGCAGUUUUACACGGCGUUAUAUGGUACGUCAUAGUGGCAGCGCCACUGCUCAGGGAGAUGACGUCUCAAUUUCCAGCCUUAAGGAGUUUGAAGGUCUCGAAAAUGCAUGCAUUGAAGCGCACCUGAUUGAGAUCAAGGCAAAAGAAGAAGCCGCCAUGCUAUCACGCUCGGACGACUCAAACAAGUCCAAUGAAAGUGAUCGGGAAAAUGGUGCAUCCAAUGUUGUUGUCAGCAAAGUAACACGUACUGUCACACGUACCGAAGUAUUGCCGGCACAACAACACAAUAUUGAAGCGUUGCUCAAACAGAAACUCGAAGAGUGUGAAGGUCGAGAGUCAGCGUUUAAAAUAACAGAAUUGUCAACAGAGCCAUUAGAGGCAAAAGUGAAAUUGAACAAACAGGAUUCGGAGAAGGGUAGCGCAGAUAGUUUGGAAAUUAACAAAAGUCUCGAUAUGCGCUCCAGUAGUAUUGGUAGUUUCGAAAUUUCUAAAGACGCCACCACACGCUCAGACAUCGAUUCGUUGGAAACGGACCGCAAGCAACCGACACGAGAAGAAAGCAUCGAUUCCAUGGAUAAUGAGCAGUUUGACUUAUUGGCAAGAUUCACUGCGGGUGAAACUACACUCGGCGAAGGUUUAACAACCACUACCACCACUACUACAACUACAACAGAUGCCGAGGGACAUGAGCACAUCGUUACACAAACCGUUACCACAACGACUAGCGGGAGUGGCAACGCCACUUUGGAUUUCCCAACUGAACAAAUACCCAAAGAUGCAUCAGCCGACUCGCUCUGCAUAGAACAGACCAAUACGAGUUCGGCAGGCACAACCGCCACUUACCAGACUAGCGCUGGUAAUUCGCAAAUGUCUGGCAGUGUUACCAGUUGUGCAUCAAGUACAUUGAUGGAAGACUCCUUUCCAGGUGCAAACUCUAGCUUAACGUCGUCUAGUUUUUGGUCGCACGAAGAAUCGACGGUUGUGGAAGAUAAGAAUGUAUUGGAGGAAGUGUUGCUGGAAGAUGCCGAGGCACUGAAGCGACGACAAGUUCAGUAUAGACAAGAGUACGACGAUCAACAUUAGAAGUAGAGGAAGAAGAAGAUGAUGAUGAUGUGGAAUAGAGGAAAGAUGGAUACAAUUAGAAUAAAAUACACGCAUAAAAUUACAUAAUUAAGGAAUUACAAGCUUUUUAUACUUACAUCAAUGGUUAGAUUUAAAUAAGUAAACGCAAACUCAUGCUUUGUUAAUGAUGGAAACACUGAGGAAAAGGCCUGGAGAUUUCGAUAAAAAUAAAAUUAAAAAAUUCCCUGUAGUAAAAUCAAGCAUAGAAUUUCAAUAUAAUAUUAUCGACGCAUCGAAAUUAAUAAAAUACACAUUAAACUAUGAAAUAUUUCCAGUUUCCUUAAAAUAAAAUUUUUAGCAAGAAAUUAUAAACAUUACGCAAAGUUCUUAAUCCACUCAUUCGAUAUGCCACAUAACAAAAAAUUUAUUGUUAAAUAAAAUUGAUUUUGGACGAAACAUACACAUAAUAUUAUAUGUACAUUAUGUACAUGCAUAUAUGUAUACUGUGUGGUAAGAAAUAUUUGAUUUGGUACAAAAAUACUAUUAUUCUGUAAAACGACCCUUUAAGUGUCUAUUGUUUCUAAAUAAAUACAUAAAUGCAUUCAUAUUUUUUGUUGAUCGGCUUAAAAUUGUGAAAACUAAAUGUCUAAGAAAAUUAAAAAAAAAAGACGAAAAUAUUUAAUAUACAUACGUGUACGAGUACAUAUGUACUUGUAGCUACUUUUAAUAUAAUAUAUAUGUUGUAUGUACUUUUUUAAACCAUCAAAUUUUCUACAAUGCUUUUGAUUAAGUAAACUGUUUAUGCGAGAUAAAUGAUACUGGUAUGGCAUAUUAGCGAAGAGGAUUGAUAGAAGAAGAAUAACGUUCGGUGAAAAUGAAUUUAAUAUUUUUUAAAAAUUAUUUAAAUAUAUAUUAUUAGUCUUAUGUAAUAUAAUUUAAGCUGCUUUAAAGGAUACAUGCGUAUAAGUUUGCACAUGUAUUUAUGCCUUAAUAAAAAUGCAAAUAAAAAAUAAAGAAAAAAAUAA